AUGAUGGAACACUAUACGACCAAUUGCUGGCUGGAAGAGGCUAAUGCCGGAACAGCUGGGAUCAUUUCUCUGUUUGCAAACUGUCUGUUGAUUUACUUGACAACAAAAGUGAAAAGUUAUUCGGAUACUGUGAAAUGGUGUCAAUACUAUUCCUGCUGUUUCCGAUUGGCGUUUUCUUUGUUGGUGGUAAUUUCAGCUCCGACUAUCAUGUACUUGAAUGAAGUAAAAUCUCUCUUCAUUGUCAAAGGAGGGAUUAAGAUAGCAACCAACAUCGGUUGUAUUCUUUUGAAUCUCUUUCUAGUCUUCGUGGUUACUUCUUGUACUGGACCAGCUGUACAGUACCUUAAAAUCACAUAUUUAUUAUCGAGUCCGGUCCUGAAAAAUCAUUCUGUACUACGGGCAAUGAUCACUUUGAUUCCAUUGUUCGUAGCGAUUCCUACUUCCAUUUUGAUUUUUAAUGGAUACAUGCCUAAUGAAUACGAGAAGGAGAUUUCAAAGGAUUUGAUUCAGGAGAUAACAGGAGAGAAUAACAACGCUUUUCUGAUAGAAUCCGAGGAAAUGUUCAUCUUCCCGUUCAUUACUAUUCACAUCCCCUUCUACGUUGCAUUCAUCCUCCCGUUUGCUGACAUUGAACUGAAUAACAUAUCUUCAAAAUUACCGUAUAUGUUUGCUUGGUGUCCAGCGAUCAAUCCGAUUAUGGUGAUUUGUAUGAUUAAGACUGUCAUGUACUUGGAUGAAACAAAAGCUCUCUACAUUGCCAAGGGAGGUUUUGACUUACCGAUAGACAUUGGAUGUAUCCUUUUAAUUCUUUUCCUUGUUUUUGUGGUUACUUCUUGCACUGGUCCAGCUGUACAGUACCUUCAAGUCACUCAUUUAUUAUGCAGUCCAGUGCAAAAAACUCAUUCAGUUUUACGGACAAUGAUAACUUUAAUACCAUUGUUUGUGGCAGUUCCUACUUCAAUUCUGAUUUUCAAUGGAUACGUGCCAAAUGAAUAUGAGAAAGAGAUAUCAAAGGAUAUGAUUCUGGUGAUUACGGGAAAGAACGAUUGCUCUUUUUUGAUGGCCGCAGAGGAAAAGAUUUAUGAUUUUUCUUCUGGUACAUUUGCGUAUGAUGUUCCCGCCAGAAUAUGCACUGGAUUCAUAUUCUCUGCAAUGUUCUUGUCAUUGAUUGUUGUGAUUUUGUGUUCUAUAAAAAUGCAGAUUACUAUGAAAAAGAAAACGUCGAUUAGUAAUCAGAAAUCACAGAAGCAGUUAAACCUCUUGUUAUUUGUACAGUUUAUCUUCCCAUUCAUAACCAUUCAUAUCCCUUUCUACGUGGCAUUCAUCCUCCCAUUUGCUGACAUUGAAUUCAAUAAUUUAUCUUCAAAAUUACCGUAUAUGUUUGCUUGGUGUCCAGCAAUAAACCCAAUAUUGGUGAUUUGUAUGAUAAAAAGCAUCCGUGACAAGUUGCUCAACAGAAAAGGAACCCCGUGGACCGGAACUACAUUCACCACUUCUACACAAAUUUUUCAUGUCAGGACCAAUACUCAAGUGAUGAAGAGAACGAAAUAA